UGGUUCAGAAAGGACGUGGUCAUGGUUUACCCGUUGGUGAAAAUAUAUUUCGGCUAUUCGCUGGCCAUCGGAAUUACUUCCCAAAAACUGGCCAACCAAAGAUUCUACACUACAUUAUUCUCCCGGGCUUAUGCUCUAGUUGCAAACAUCAUAACGCUUACAAUGCUGCCCCUGGUAAUGUGGCAAGCUAGCUUGGUGUUCCAGGCAAAAAUGCAGUUUCCUCUGCUCAUUUUGAUUACCUAUAACGUUAGAUAUCUGGUGUCAUAUGCGGUCAUAUUAUAUACCGUUCUAUCGCGUGGAUUUCGAGAUACAGCCUUUAAGGAAAUGCAACCUUUGCUGCGGAGAUUGCUUCAGCAGAAAAAAGGACUCAAAGGUGUACCAUGGGUAAGAAAAUCCCUAAUGGUUCUCAUAUGUGUCAAGUUUUUCACCGUAACGUGGUUGUGUCUUACGGAAAACGUAUUCUUAUUUUAUUCCGUCGAGCCUUUUAAUGUUGCCAGUUUGGCCACAUUUCUGUUUCUGACCAAUGCCUGGAACAUUCUGCAUAUGGUGCCAAUGGGUUAUUUCCUCGCCCUGUGGCAUAUUGCUCGAGGCUUUGAUAAUGUGAAUAAACGUUUGGAAACGAUUAUGACUUCAAAAUCGUCUAGGCACUUGAAGGAACUUCAGGAGCUGUGGCUGCUUCAUGGCGAUCUCACCAAAACAGCCUUAAGUAUAAAUACGAUCUAUGGCCCCCAGAUGUUGGGUACCCGCUUCGAUUACUUUAUAAUUGGCGUAACACACGCCUACUGGGGAGCCUUUUUUACCUUUGGUGUAUCCACUCCUAUUUUUUGGCUGAUUUACGGAAUUGUUCAAUAUUUAAUUCGUGCACUGGACUUUUUUCUCAUCGAUUACCUAGCCGAUUUGGUCUUGAAGUACCAGAGUUCGGCCAAGCAUUCCUGGAGUGAAAUUCCAUGGACGAAAGAGAUAGAUUCCUACGUGACCUACGUUAGUAGUUCAAAGUUGAAGCUCUGGACUUGUGGAUUUUUUCAAUCGAACCUCAGUAUGUGGUUCGAUAUGAUCAGCGGCAUUUUCUAUUAUAUUUUAGUGCUACUGCAGUUUCAUUUUGUUAUGCAGAAAUAAUAGGAUCAUAUAAUUUAGUUUCUUAUAAA